GUAGUGGUGGACCUGUUCUGUUCACAUUUAGACUGUCAACAUGGCGUCAAUUCUUAAAUUUUCUCGAUCUUUUGCAAAAUUACCAAAAUACGAAACUGCAUUAAAAGCCUGUAGACAAAAUAUUAUUAGAGGAGCAGCCACCCAGCCAGAUUCACAAACUGUUGUUCUAAAUGUACCACCAACAAAAGUCAGCACUUUGAAAAAUGGCAUCAGAGUAGCUACUGAAGAUUGGGGUUCCCAGACUGCCACAGUAGGUAUUUGGAUUGAUGCUGGCAGUAGGUAUGAGGAUGAUAAAAAUAAUGGAGUUGCCCAUUUCAUGGAACACAUGGCAUUUAAGGGUACCAGUAAAAGAACCCAAAGUCAGUUAGAAAUUGAAAUUGAAGACCUAGGCGCCCAAUUGAAUGCCUACACAAGCAGAGAACAGACAGUAUAUUAUUCCAAAUGUUUAGCCAAAGAUGUACCAAAAGCUAUUGAAAUCUUGGCUGAUAUCAUCCAGAAUGCCAAAUUGGGAGAGGCCGAAAUCGAACGAGAAAGAGGUGUAAUCCUUAGGGAAAUGCAAGAAGUCGAAUCUAAUUUACAAGAAGUUGUGUUUGAUCAUUUACAUGCUAUUGCUUACCAAGGAACACCUUUAGCUAAUACUAUCUUAGGUCCCACUGCCAACAUUAGGACAAUCAACUCCACAGAUCUUAGAAAUUACCUUGACAACCACUACAAAGCUAGCAGAAUUGUUGUUGCUGGAGCAGGUGGAAUUGAACAUCAAGAUUUAGUGAAACUCGCUGAGAGCCAUCUGGGUUCCUUAAACAAUACUUAUCCAGGAAAAGUUCCAGUAAUUGCUCCAUGUCGUUUCACUGGAUCAGAAAUCAGAGUCAGAGAUGAUUCCCUGCCUUUGGCCCAUAUUGCAAUUGCUGUUGAAGGCGCUGGUUGGUCUGACCCUGAUACCCUUACAUUGAUGGUUGCUUCUACAUUGUUGGGUGCUUGGGACAGGUCCCAAGCCUCCGCCAAACAGAAUGCUACCAACUUGGCUAGAGCUAGUGGUGAAGGUGACUUGUGUCAUUCCUACCAAAGCUUCAACACCUGCUAUAAGGAUACUGGUUUAUGGGGAGUGUAUUUCGUCUCAGAUCCUCUUAAGAUUGAGGACAUGGUCUUUAACAUUCAACAAGAAUUCAUGAGACUCUGCACUUCCGUAACUGAAGCUGAGGUUGAGCGUGCUAAAGCUCUCCUUACUGCCAACACUCUUCUUCAACUUGACACUACCAGUGCAGUAUGUGAGGAUAUUGGUCGUCAAUUGCUCUGCUAUGGCAGAAGACUCCCACCCCACGAAUUGGCCCACCGAAUCAACAGCAUCACCGCCAAAAACGUUAAAGAUGUAUGCUACAAGUAUUUAUAUGACAGAUGUCCAGCUGUUGCAGGUGUAGGACCAGUAGAACAGUUGCCCGACUACAACGUCGUCAGGUCACAAAUGUACUGGCUUAGAGUUUAAGAAGGUUCAACCUUAAUAACAGGAAUGAUGGAUGACUGUUAAGAAUUGAUUUUAUUAAUUUCUGCUGCUUAUCUAGGCUUUUAGCACUGUCUAUGAUUACUAGUAAAAUAAAACAUUUCUGUAAAUAUUGUGAUUUAUGAUAUAAAAGAGAAGGGAAAAGUUUGAUAGACUGUAAAUUCUAAACCAAAAACCAGAAAAUGGAGUUUGAUACUCUAAUGAAAAAACUGGAUAAAUGCAUAUUUUAAUUGAGAAAUUAACAAUUGCUUUUGUGUACUAGUAUUCAUCAUUUUUGUUAAUAAACUCUUAGCGAAAUUUUUUCCCAGAUAUUUUUUAAUUCCUGUACGAUCCACAUCUUGUAAUAUAUUAAUUUAAUUUAUAAAAUAUGUUGUCUAAAUGUAAGUACUUUACGUCGUUUUUAUUAAAAUAAAGAAUUAAAAAGGUGCGUGA